AUGGAGACUGAGAAGGGCGGCAUCAUCAUCGGCCGCGGCCUCCCGAUUGAGACUGAGAAGAGUGGAGUGCCCUUCCUCCCUCGGUCGGAGAACCUCGAGGAGACUGAGAAGGGCGGCAUCAUCAUCCCCCGCGGCCUCCCAACUGAGACUGAGAAGAGUGGAGUGCCCUUCCUCCCUCGGUCGGAGAACCUCGAGGAGACUGAGAAGGGCGGCAUCAUCAUCGGCCGCGGCCUCCCGAUUGAGACUGAGAAGAGUGGAGCGCCCUUCCUCCCUCGGUCGGAGAACCUCGAGGAGACUGAGAAGAGCGGCUUCAUCAUCCCCCGCGGCCUCCCAAUUGAGACUGAGAAGAGUGGAGCGCCCUUCCUCCCUCGGUCGGAGAACCUCGAGGAGACUGAGAAGCGCGGCAUCAUCAUUUUCCGCGGCCUCCCGAUUGAGACUGAGAAGAGUGGAGCGCCCUUCCUCCCUCGGUCGGAGAACCUCGAGGAGACUGAGAAGGGCGGCAUCAUCAUUUUCCGCGGCCUCCCAAUUGAGACUGAGAAGAGUGGAGCGCCCUUCCUCCCUCGAUCGGAGAACCUCGGCAAGGAGACUGAGAAGAGCAGGGAAGAUCAAGGAAUGGCUCUUGCGACCUGCCUGAUGGAGGUCCGCCUCGCCCACUGCUGCCGAAGCUGUUGCGAGAGCUUGGCGGCCUGUUUUAGCCGACGGCUGGAUGCGUGGGAAAACUGGUUGGCCGCCAGAGAGCAGGCCUCGUUUCGGAGCAGCUUUGAGCACGAACUCAGAUGGACGCCGCUACAAGUGGCUCAAUUGCCUGGAGAAAAGGAACGCAUUUGCUGUGCUCCGCCAUUCAACAUGGCAGCGGAGCCCAAAUGGGCGACGCAUGGGACGAUCGCGGUGUUGGUGGUGGCGCUGCUGAUCCUACUGCCAAAGAUGACAACUGGCAAUCACCACCAUCAAUUCGAUGGACAUGGGAUUGCCUUGGACUAUGUGGAUCUGGCGUCCCCCUAUGUCAUGGAUGAGCCCAAUAGCGCUUCGGAAACUUCUAGCAGGAGAGACCUGAAAUGGGAAGCUGAAGAAGCUGAAGACCUUGCUGGCUUUGGUGAAAUGGAAAGUGCCUACUCUGAGGCGCUGGUGGUCUACGAGGACUACAUGGAGACGAUCUUUGAGUCUUGUGGUUGUAGCUUUGGAACUUGUAGCUUCGAGGAUGGGAACCUCGACACUUGCAGCUUCGAGGAUUGGAACCUCGACAUUGGUGCGCUUGGCAAGCUCACUGCAUGA